ACGCAUAGGAAGUAAAUAUUUCAUAACCACAAACAGACGAAAAUGGCGUGCGAGAAGAGACCUUUUCUUUGCGGAAUACUUACUUUAGGGACACUAGCCCUGUUCUUUCACGUGGUGGGGUUCGCGGCACCAGGAUGGCUCAUCAUGAAGCUGUCAUUAUUGGAGGAAACCCGAGAGACCUCGGUGUUUCGGGCCCAGAUAAUUGACCACGGAGGGCUCGGACCUGUCACUACUCAGUCCCCGUUGGACAUAAUGAAAGACGUACGGAAGAAACGGAGCGAGGAAGAAGUUGAAGUUAUUGAGGAAGAACUGAUUGAAGAAAACAAUGUUCUCGACCAGUGGAUUACGGAGACAACGAUUAAAAUUAAAACUUUCGAGGUGAGCACCCAUUACGGACUCUGGUAUUCUACGAUGUGCAUACAUGAGAAGACACAUGAUGACAAACACAAAGACUCCAGCAGUAGUGACGAUGAUGAUGAUAAAAAACACAAAAAAGGUCACUGCCACUGCAGGAAGAUUUCCACCAAGUGUGCUCUGUACAACUCCUUUAUCUACGAGGAUCCAAUUGACUACAUCAACCCCGGACCCCCAUCUAGCCGCGUGCUGAGUACCAAAAACUUUGGGUACGCAAGUUUGACGGAACAGCGUGUAGAGAAUUGCCUCGUCUUGGCUUUCAUGGUCCUCGGUUUGAUCUCUGCCAUCGGAGGGUUCCGAAAGAUCGAAGGGUGUAGAUGUGCUGCCGUUAUGUGCGUGCUCUUCAUGCUUGCUGCAGCACUGAUCGCGAUUAUACCUGUUGCUAGACUGAGCCACUACAGUGUGUUUAAACACGGCCAGAGAAUCCCAGUCAAGGUCCAUGCACCGUAUUCCGCCAUUUCUACCGGAGUUGGGGCCAUUUUCGCCCUAAUUACCGCCCUUGUUGCCAGCAUUGCUCUGAUGAAGAAGUCACGUCAGCAGAAACCCGGUAAAUGGUACCAGUUCAACAAUGAACUAGAGUUACCAACCGAAUCUACAGAAAAGAAACCCGCCCUCGUUUUCAUUACUGAUCCGCUUCCGGAGAAACCUGGACUGGACGACGCUCUCAAGGAAGAAGAGUCUGAAAAAGAAGCUAUCGCGUAAAUUAUAAAAGAAACUUUAUAUCCGUAAAACAUUCUCUGUGAUUAACAAAAAAAAAAGAACAGUACAUUAUGCUGAAGUGAAACUCCAGGCUUUCGAAGAUGCCCAUCAUCUAACUAUAUUUUAAUGUCCGAAAAUAGAUGCCCUGUAACUAGUAUUAUUAUUUUGUCGAACAUUAAAACGGACCGUUGUUAAUCUUCACACAGUAUGUGGUUCUUGAAUAUAGCAGAUGAAAUUGGAAGUCUAAAAAGUAUUCCUACAGUUUAUAAGCAGAUAUACUUAAUGAUAUGCUAAACAGCAAUAUUUUUUGCCUUAUAUGAUACAUGUAUAUAAAAUAUGUCUGACACCCUAUAAUUGUUCUUAUCUUCAAUUUAUUGGAACUGUUUUCAGUUUUUGUGGUCAAAUUAUGGUUAACCAAGAACCUGGUUUCCUAAACAUUGUAUGCAGAUCUUAACAAGAAUCUCACCUGGUCAAUAUGAGAAAAAUAGUAUACCCAACACAAAAGGUUUCACGUGUAAGAUAGAAAAUUAUCCACAAUACAUUCCUCUGAAUUGGAUAUAAUGAGAUAGCAGUGGAACUUGUGUAUAUUUUCGCAAAUAUUUUAAUUAGAUAAUGAAUGAAAAAAAAUUAUUUUGAAAAAAAAACAAAACAAAUUGUUAUAUUUUGAAAUUCUCUAAAGAUAAUCAAAAAAUAGAUAUAAAGUUCUGUUCUUGUUUUCAGAGUACAUUUGUUGUUGAUUUUCUUUUUAUUCUCUAUAAUUUGUUGUGUACACUUUGUGUCCUUUUGUAAUAAAAGUUUUCUUUGAAA